CCGGGCCCUCCCUGUACUUUGGACAGCUCUGUCUGUCCCAGGGCUGAGCGGCGGGCAGCGGCAGGCAAUGCAAUGAGGAAGAGAUGCUCGGCGUUGGCCUUGGCGUGCGGCUGCUAGUAGUUGCUGCCCCUGCGCCGCCGGUUCCAGCGCCACCAGGCAAGACCCCUCUUCCACUCUCCUCCGCCUCCUCCCUCCGCCGCCGCUACUCCAGCUGGUGGUUCUCCAACGGCAACGCUCGUGGUGACCGUGGAAGAGACGGCGCCACCGCGAGCACGAGCAGCAGGGCGGCGAGGAGGAAGUGGUGGUCCGACCCCGAGCCCAACCAACAAGAGUACGGCUACUCUUCUCUGGAGGAGGAGGACGGUUACGAGGACGAGGAUGAGGCGUUCCCCGGCUUCGGCGGCGCCGCGGAGCUGUUCGACGAGCCAUGGUUCUCCAAGGUCUUUAAAACAUACGGGUUCCUGCUACCGGUGAUGCUGGUGUCAAUGCUUGUUGCAACAGGGCCCAAGGCCUUCCUUAUGGCCAUGGCGAUCCCGCUUGGCCAGUCAGCCAUAUCAUUUCUCCUCGACGCCAUAUGGGGAAGGAGAAGAAGCAACCGCGAUGACAGUUGGAGGGGGCCAUUCCAAGAAUACGAUGACGAGGAAGAAGAAGAUUACCCAGAGGACUCCACCGACUUUGCAACAGGUGGUCGAGGCAACAGAUACAGCAGAAGCAGCAGCUAUUAUGAGGGGAGAGGGAGGAGGAGGAGGCAGGACAACUACCAGUCAUGGGUUUCUAAUGAUUUCGCUGAUGCUGAUAACAGCACCAAGGGCAGCAGCAGUGAAAAUGGCGAAGGCAACAAAAGCAGUGGCAACUUUGGAGGAUGGGAUGAACUACUGAAUGACGAUAAUGUUGCCACCCAGGAGAAGAGGAGGACGGGGAGCUCAUUCUCAGAUGGCAACACUGAUUACAGCAAGAGACCGCGACCUGCAGUGACUGAGGAGGAGAUGGAUACUGCUGCUGCCGGCAGGGGAGCAGGACAGGGACUAGGAGCUCCCCCAGCAAGGAUGAGAAUAAGACGACAACGAGGAAUGCCAAGAACAACUCGACUGGGCGGUACCAGGUACAAGCAGGCACCAAUCUUGAUGCGCUUGUUGGUGGCAGUCUUCCCGUUCCUGGGGUCAUGGUUCAGGCUGCUCUAACAUAGUAACAUUGGUAGUGAUUGGUUGUGCAGCAUUGUGGCAGGUCUGUACGUAUCUUGUGUUAUAGUUUGUGGUGGCUAGCUUAUUCAUGAAUUCAGAGAAAGAAUAGUACAGGUGACCCUGUGGCAGAAAAGGAAGCAUUAUGACCAUGAAAUUUCCUUCAUCUCAUGUACAGGCAGUCGCAGAAUUUGGUCAGAAGGAACACAUGAUUCAUCUGCAGGCAGCAGCCAAAUGAAACCACGGAACAGAAAGAAGCAGCAGCGUGGAGCCGUGGAGAAGAUCAAUCAAUUCGGGCAGGGUACCUGCAACAUCAGCUCUAUCUACGUCUUCAUUCUUCAUUGUAAAAUGCAGCAUCAGGGGGAUCUGCUGCUGCAUUCUUCAUGAACCUUUUUUUUUUUGGCAGGAUCAGGUUUGCCCCUGCUUAUGCAUGUGCGAAGCUUUGCUUCCUUGUGCAGCUGAUAAAAUAUAUGUGGUUGCAGUGAAUGUGAACUGGUAGGAGCAAAGCGAACAAUAUAUGUUUAGAUGUAAAGCUAUUUCUCUUGAGCAAUGCUCUCUGUGUAGUUAGUGAUUGGCUGAGGAAUGUAAAAGGUGGGAGGUUAUUCAUUCACGACAGAAAAGAUACACGCAGGCAUUACUAAUCAGUGUCAUAAAGAAAAAAGAAAAAGAAUUCUGAUCUGCUAUCAAA